GAGGAGGAGGAUGUUGUGAAGGCAGGUUGGAGCUGACCGACACUCGCUCAUCGAGCUCCGGGGCGGACUCUCUCUGCUCACCUGCAGCGCCGGGAUCCGAGUCGCACGGAGCGGGCAGCCUCCCCCCCGAUGGUUGACCGCAACCUGCGCGGAAUAAGGGCUGAAUUCGGGCGAACGUGUGCGCCGCCGUGACCGCGGAGGGACAGCCAGCACCCAGGCCGCCCUCAGCAGCUGGCUCCGCGGCGACCGUUAGCUGCUAGCCGGCUAACGUGAGCAGGCCUUUUUUUUUGUUUGUUUUUUUAACCAUCAUAAUGAUGAUCGAGGAGCUGCGACUCGACUACACUCCUGAACUUUGCCAGCUGUGAUGGAAAAGCGCCACUGACUCGACACUUUAUCCUGGAUGCCGUGACGUGGUCGGUCCAAGAUGGAGAAAAAGAAAACGUGCCCUCGCCUUCUCGACUACCUGGUGGUGGUCGGAGCAAGGCAGCCCAGCAGUGACAGCGUGGCUCAGACCCCUCAGCUGCUUCGCCGCUACCCGCUGGAGGACCACCACGACUUCCCGCUGCCUCCUGACGUGGUCUUCUUCUGCCAACCGGAGGGCUGCCUGAGCAUCCGCCAGCGCCGGGUCAGCCUCCGCGACGACUCCUCCUUCGUGUUCACGCUCACCGACAAGGACUCAGGAAUCACCCGCUACGGGAUCUGCGUCAACUUCUACCGCUCCUUCCAGAGAGGACACCACCGCAGCCGAGGGGACAAGAGCAGCCACGCCGAGUCAGCGCCGCCGCCGGUGGAGACGGCGACCGAAGCCUCAGAAGACAGCGGCGUCGCUCCGGCCUCGACGUUGGCUCCACCCAACGAGUCGGCUCCUCCGCCCGCCUCCGGGGAAGACGGCGACAAACCGGGCGUCGAGCAAAAUGCCGGCAAAUCCCCUCAGCACAGACGGAGCGCCGCGAAGACGGCGGCCAGGAACCGCAACAGCACCCUGACGUCGCUGUGCAUCCUCAGCCACUACCCCUUCUUCUCCACCUUCAGGGAAUGCUUGUAUAUUCUCAAGAGGCUGGUGGACUGCUGCAGUCAGAGGCUGACCCAGCGGGCCGGACUCCCUCGAGCCACCCAGAGGGACACCAUGUGGCGGGUGUUCACCGGGGCCACGUCGGUGGAGGAGAAAGGCAGCCAGCUGCUGGCCGACCUGCGGGAGAUUGAAUCCUGGGUUUACCGGCUGCUCCGGUCUCCGGUACCACUGGCGGGUCAGAGGCGGGUCGAUGUUGAGGUUCUGCCCCACGAACUCAAACGUGCGCUGACCUUCGCCCUGCCUGACAACUCCCGCUUCGUCAUGGUCGACUUCCCCCUGCACCUGCCCUUAGAGCUGCUGGGCGUGGACGCCUGUCUGCAGGUCCUCAGCUGCGUCCUGCUGGAGCACAAGGUCAUCCUUCAGUCCAGAGAUUAUAACGCUUUGUCUAUGAGCGUCAUGGCCUUUGUGGCGAUGAUCUACCCGCUGGAGUACAUGUUCCCCGUCAUCCCCCUGCUGCCCACAUGCAUGGCCUCUGCUGAACAGCUCCUCCUCGCUCCCACUCCCUACAUUAUUGGCGUACCAGCGAGCUUCUUCCUCUACAAAUCCGAUUUCAAAAUGCCAGACGAUGUUUGGCUUGUUGACCUUGACAGCAGCAAGGUCAUAGCACCUACCAAUGCAGAGAUCCUGCCACCUCUUCCUGAGCCGGAAGCAGGCGAGCUGAAGAAGCAUCUCAAACAGUGUCUGGUUAGGUUGACCGUGAUCACCCAAAAGCAGAUCUUCUCCUCUGAAAAUAAGGCCUUGGCCAGCAUGAGCCUGAACACCCAACCCAUUCUGAACCUGGAGAAGUUCCAGGAAGGUCAGGAGAUGCCGCUGCUCCCGCCCGGACGAGACAAAGCCUCGCCGUCCUCCACCGAGUUCAACCCCCUGAUUUACGGCAACGACGUCGACUCCGUGGAUGUGGCCACCAGGGUCGCCAUGGUACGGUUCUUCAACUCUCCAAACGUUCUCCAGGGUUUCCAGAUGCACACUCGCACGUUGCGUCUCUUCCCGCGGCCCGUCGUCGCCUUUCAGUCCACGUCUUUUCUGGCGUCUCGGCCGCGACGCUCCAGCUUCGCAGAUAAACUGUCUCACACUCAGGCAGUGGAGUUCUACGGGGAGUGGGCUCUGAAUCCCACCAACCUCGCCUUCCAGAGGAUACAUAACAACGUGUUUGACCCCUCCUUAAUCGGAGACAAGCCCAAGUGGUAUGCACACCAGUUACAGCCAGUGGUCUACAGAGUCUAUGAUGGAAGCUCCCAGCUGGUUGAAGCUAUGGCGGGACCUUUGGAGGAUGAAGGCAACGAGUCCGACCCCACGGAAGGUAAGAAAACAGAAGACCCUUCUAGUUCAGCCUGG